CCUUCUCCCAUUUCCUCCCCUACCUGCUCGUAGCCCUCGUCAUCCCUCUUCGUCGUCUUGACUUCCUUUGGCAAAUUAUGAAACUUGUUUUGAAGUUAGACUUGCAUGACGAUAGAGCCAAGCAGAAGGCUUUGAAGGCAGUCUCCACUCUUCCAGGAAUCGACAUGAUUUCCGUGGACAUGAACGAGAGGAAGCUAACAGUGAUAGGAACAGUUGAUCCAGUUGAUGUGGUGAGCAAACUCAGGAAGUAUUGGGAUACUGAACUCAUCUCUGUUGGGCCAGAGAAAGAACCUGAGAAGAAGGAAGAUCCAAAGAAAGAGGAACCCAAAAAAGCAGAAGCAAAGAAAGAAGAACCGAAGAAGGAGGAUUCUAAGAAAGAAGAGAAUAGUACUGAUGGGCAGAUGACGGCGAGGGAGCUUAUAAAUUCUUACAGGACUUAUAAUCCUGAGCUGACCACUCAUUACUACGUCCAAAGUGCCGAGGAGAACCCAAAUUCUUGCAUUAUUUGUUAAAUUCUUAGUUUUGUUCCUGUUGAAAUCCGUUGUGGGUCUUCAAAUUAUUAACUUGAGGACUCUGCAAAUGUUUUGCUGUUUGUGGAUUAUGUUUAUGUAUAACGUUA